GGCCGCCGGACGAUUGGAGGGAGCGAGGCGAGCGGGGGUAGGUAAAGAUCGAUGGCCAGCGAGGAGGAGAGCGCCGUGAAGGAGCCUCUCGAUCUCAUAAGGCUCAGCCUCGACGAGCGCAUCUACGUCAAGCUCCGGUCCGAUCGCGAGCUCCGUGGAAAGCUUCACGCUUAUGAUCAACAUUUAAAUAUGAUACUUGGGGAUGUUGAAGAGAUAAUAACUAACGUAGAAAUUGAUGACGAGACUUAUGAAGAGAUUGUUCGGUCCACCAGGCGGACCGUUCCAUUUCUUUUUGUCCGAGGUGAUGGAGUCAUACUAGUUUCUCCGCCUCUGAGGACGGCAUGACAGCCUGAUGAAGGAUGUAUUGAUGAUGCACCAUCUCUUUUUCGGUGACCAUAACUGAAAAUUAUCUACAGUAGUCGCUUGUCCAUGGCAUGUAUGAAUAUGUUUAGCAGGUUAAAGGAUUCUUAUUCAUAUUUCAACAGCACUCCAGUUUUAGUGGGAUCACCUGUAUUCAGUUGUGCAUCUGACAGCUCUAUUGUGGUUGUACCAAUACUAGAGUCCUGAACCAUGUUCUUGUCCGCCAGAUUUCAUAUGUUGAUUGGUCCCUGAUGUUUUUACAGCAACCAGCACAUCUUAGCUGCAGAUUCAUAAUUAGUCUAUACAAUUGCACUUGAUCUCUGAGCUA